CUAUUACAACGUGCUGUAAAGAAUCGUAUAAAGAAGCAAGAGAAACCCAAAGAAUCAGAGAAGACAGCUUUCACGGAAGAAGAUUUCAAGAAGUUUGAACAAGAACAUAUAGAGUGAUUAUACAUCGAAUUAUAAAGCAUUUAUCGUGCCGCAUUGUAAAGUGUUCUCGUUAAAUAAAAAUGGCAACGACAAAGCGAUGGUUUGUUAUUGGAAUAUCUGGAGCUACUUGUAGUGGGAAAAGCACGUUGGCUAAAAAAAUUUACGACAAUUUCCCGGGAUCUGUCAUGGUGCAGCAAGACGAUUACUUCUUGCCAGUGGACGAUCUGCGUCACGUCAAGGUGGCAGAAUUGAAUCAUAUAAAUUGGGAAGUGAUGACAAGUCUGGAUAUGCAGAAGAUGCAUUCCGAUGUUCUAAAGAUACUCGAACUUCACGAGAAGAGUACCGCGCACUCGUCGGGAAGAAGGUUGCUGAUACUGGAUGGCUUUUUGCUGUUCAAGCACAAGGCUAUCACGGAUUUGUGUGAUCGCAAAUAUUUCUUGACGCUGUCGGAAGAACUAUGUUGUGAACGGAGGACGAAUCGUCCGUACGAGCCGCCUGAUCCGCCAGGAUAUUUCGAGAAAGUGGUGUGGCCCGAAUAUAUAAAUUACAAGAGGGAAAUUACAGGAGAUAACGAGCUAUGCGCGACUAUAACAUUCAUUGAUGGAUCUACUGACGUGGAAGAAAUUUACGAGACAGUCUCUAAAGAAAUUAGUCAAUUGUUACUUUAGAGGUACUUCAACUUAUCUUUUAUAAACAACAAAAUCGACACGUUUAAAUCGACAAACGUGUCAAGCACGGCAAAUAAAAUUUGUACACAUUCCUGAAAAUUACAAAAAAUAAAGACUCUCUAGUUUCAACUGAGUUAUUAAUCAUUAUGAUAUCCAAAUUACAAAAGAAUAGAGAUUCCAGUUUCAGUUACGAGUUAUUAAUUAUUGUUAUUCAAUAAGAACGAAAAAAAAGUUGCAUUAACUUGUAACUUGUAAGCUUGUACGAUGUUUUUCCGUAAGACUUUCGCCAAUUUGAAUAAAAGUUUAUGUUUUUAA